AUGUUUCUACGGAUAUGUGGACAUAAUGAAGUUCAAAGGGAUGUUGGAUUGCGUUUCGGACGAACUCAAGAAACAGUGAAGAGAAAAUUCUUUGAAGUUCUUAACGCGACUGAGUUGCUUGCUUGUGAUUAUAUCAACACUCCAACAAGUGAAGAACUUCUUAGGAUUCCUGAACGGCUUAUAAUGGAUCGAAAAUAUUGGCCAUAUUUUAGUGGAUUUGUUGGAGCAAUGGAUGGAGUUCAUGUAUGUGUUAAAGUCAAGCCAGAAUUGCAAGGAAUGUAUUGGAAUCGACAUGACAGAACUUCAUUCAACAUCAUGGCAAUAUGCGAUUUGAAUAUGUUAUUCACAUAUGUUUGGAAUGGAGCGCCAGGAUCAUGUCACGAUACCGCAGUGCUCAACACGGCACAAGAAAAGGAUUCUGAAUUUCCUUUGCCUCCGGGAGAUAAGUAUUACGUGGUUGAUUCCGGUUAUCCAAAUAAACAGGUUUUCUUGCUCCUUAUAGAUCUUCAAGAAACACGGUUUUUCGCUAUCAUUUGUCUCAAUUCGAGAAUGGUCCCCCUCCACGGAAUAUGCAAGAACUCUUUAACCGUUGGCAUGCAUCUCUACGUUCAGUUAUUGAGAGGACAUUUGGAGUUUGGAAGAAGAAAUGGAGGAUUCUCUGUGAAUUUCCUAGAUAUAAUAUGA